UGUGCGUCCGGGUUGGGUCGGCCCCAGCGAGCGGUUUCCUCUCCCUCCCCUCCGUCUCCUCUUCCCUGCGCCCCUGCACCGCCGUGCCCUCGGAGGGAGCGCCGCCCGCUCCGUGAGGGAAUCAGUAGUUUCCUGAAUAAACCAGAGAGUCACCUGAGACGCAAAGAUGUUGGAAGAAGAUAUGGAGGUGGCCAUCAAGGUGGUAGUAGUAGGAAAUGGAGCUGUUGGGAAGUCCAGUAUGAUUCAGCGAUAUUGCAAGGGGAUUUUUACAAAAGACUACAAGAAAACUAUUGGUGUAGAUUUCCUGGAAAGACAGAUCCAAGUUAACGGUGAAGAUGUCAGGCUAAUGUUAUGGGACACUGCAGGUCAAGAGGAAUUUGAUGCAAUAACUAAGGCCUACUAUAGAGGAGCCCAGGCUUGUGUUCUUGUGUUUUCGACAACUGACAGAGACUCCUUCAAAGCAAUCCCUACCUGGAAGCAAAAAGUUGUGACUGAAGUUGGAGACAUUCCCACAGUUCUUGUGCAGAAUAAGAUUGAUCUUCUUGAUGACUCUUGCAUAAAGAAUGAGGAGGCGGAAGCGCUGGCAAAGAAGCUGAAGGUGCGGUUCUACCGAGCGUCGGUGAAGGAAGACCUGAACGUGAGCGAAGUUUUUAAGUAUUUGGCUGAUAAAUAUCUUCAAAAGCUCAAGCAACAAACAGCAGAAGAUUCAGAAGUAGUACAUAAAAGCAGUAACAAGAUUGGUGUUUUUAAUACAGCUGGUGGAAGCCACCCCAACCAGAAUUCUAGCACUCUUAAUGGUGGAGAUGUCAUCAACCUUAAACCCAACAAACAGAGGACCAAGAAAAACAGAAGUCCUUUCAGCAACUGCAGUAUACCUUAGACCACUUUUGGAGGAAAUUAAGCAGCUCAGAGAAUUGGAUGAAGUUGUGCAAUUGACUACAGAAUAAAGCCAGCUGUAGAGGUAUUUUUACCGGUGCUUUAGCAAAUCUUGUGCCUCCUAGACAGAGGGUGGAUUUUGCUGAACUUGCCGACGCCGUGGGUUUGUUGUGUGCCGUGAGACACCUGGUGGUGACACACAGAACCGUGGCUGCCUCGUGCACUUUGUACAGAUUAGGUGAGCUUUUCCUUUCUCAAGGGAUUACUUACAGAGCUAUGAACUAGGUGUUGCUGAAUUGCAAAGCACAUUUGAUGUAAGGAUAA